AUGGACGGUAUUGUGGACUACGAGGCGUACGAACAGCUGAAGACAUCGUACGAUCAACUCGUGGACAACAACCGACUCCUGGAGUCGGACAACGAGUCGCUGACGGCCUGUAAUAAAGUCCUCAAGAGAUUGUUGGAGACAUUGGAGACCAUUAAGACAUCGCUCGAGCAAAAGGUCCACAUUAUCACCGCAGAGGUGACCGCCACCGGUGGCAGCGGCGGCACAGGUGGUCACCAAUUGGUGCCCUUUGAUCGGGAACUGCAACGAGACCUGACCCCCGGCGCCAAGAAGUUCCGGUGCCAAUGGAAUGACUGCCACUACGCGACCGACAGCUCCGGUAACUUUCAGAAACACUAUCGCAUACACACCGGCGAAAAGCCCUACCGCUGCGACUUCCAGGACUGCAAAUACAGUUGUUCAGACCCCGGGAGUAUCAAAGAGCACAAGCGUACGCAUAGCGCCGAGAAGCAGUACGGGUGCGAUUGGGAGGGUUGCACGUGGAGGUUCAGCACCUAUAAGCUGCUCAAGAAUCACAAGCGCGCCUGUCAUACGCUGGAUAAGCCUCAUAAGUGCGAUUGGCCCGGCUGUGAGAAGUCGUAUUUGGCGCCGUACCAGCUUCGCGGCCAUAAGCACACGCAUACCGGCGAUCGGCCCCAUCGGUGCGAUAUGAUUGAAUGUCAGGCGUCG